GCAUGCCCCAACGUAAACAUGAACAGCACAUGGGUGGGCACAGCUCCAGACACGGAAAUGGUAACCGCAACUAUUCAGCCAGUUAGUGGGGCUGUGGUGACCCAGAUACCCAUUUAUACUUUGAACGAGGUGGGGACGGACGCACUUCCGCUGACUGUUGGCUGCCAGUCGAUGCGGGUGAGGUGUCCGUCCUGCAAGGGUGAGGUUACCACCAGUCUGGUCACAUCCCCCACCCGCAAGACCCACCUGUGCGCCUUCACCUUGUAUAUCUGCUGCUGUUGGCCCUUUGUAUGCUUGCCCUAUUUCAUCAACUACUGCAAGAGUGUUCAGCACUACUGCCCUAACUGUGGAUGCCACAUAGGAAGCUAUGCAUUUUGAUGUGAUUGCUUUUUUUCACUGCCAGUCAGCAUUUACAUGUCCAGUGUUAUUAAAGACGAUACGAUAUAGGUAAAUUAAUUUAAAACGAAAAUAUAUCUUAACAAAUAAAUUAAAUUUGGUUAAUGUUUUUUAAUAUUUCGGAAGCAUAAUGGUGUAACAUCAUCACACCACUUUAAGUAAUAUUUAUGUUUAUAAAAAACUCAAUAGAAGAAUAUUAUCUUGAAGAUAAG